GCGAGCCAAUUGUCAAAUUCAAGGCUCGAUUCCUUGUACACACAAAAGAGGGAAGGGCGUCAUUCUGUUUUAUCUCGAGUGUCUUCCCUCCAAGCCGCAACCUCACGAGGUGUGGCUAUUAUUAAAAAUUACGCCUGCCUGACUGGUAUCUCCUCAGUCGUCAACGCGACUCUCUCACAUAAACAUACUAAGCAGGUUAGAAACUAUUGAUGAAUCGUACUAUGAGUGAAAAAGAAGAAUUAGUGAAGAAAUCGUUAUUCAGUUUCGUUAGGAAGCAAGUACCAACUGCUCAAUUGAACUUAAUAGAUGAUAUUGUUCUGGGGUAUGUGGUGAGUAUGGUAGAAGAAAGUGCUUUAGAAGAUGAAUUAGAUGUUGAAGGAGUUAGUGAAAUGGUUUCAGCUUGCCUUCCUGAAUUUUCAUCAAUUAAAAAAGAAGCUGUAUCUAAAUGGCUAUUUGAUAUUGAAAAUCAGCUACGCGAAGAUAGUAAAGAGAACAAUAGAAGUGCUCAGCAACACGAUCCACUAAGUUGUUUAAGUUUAGCAGCAUUGUUACCACCUGAACCUCAACAAACUACAAGAGUUCAUCAUUUAUCAGAAACAAGUGAUGCUGGUAGUGAUUCCAGUGGAGAAUAUUUUACUGAGGAGUCUUCCUGGGACCAAGUGGCACUUUUACAAGAGAUGUUUCCAGGAGCAAGUUCUGCUGAAGCACGUCAUUGUUUGGCUGUGGCCGGAGGUGAUAUUGCAAAAGCAGCUCAACUUGCCCUUCAUAGGCGAGAAGCUGGACAAAGUAUUGUUAGCAAUCUUGCUUUUCUUACACCAAACGGACGGAACAAAACACGCGUGAAUGACGAGGAGCUGAAGGCUCGGAUAAUAAAUCGAUACAGCUACGUUGAUCGGGACGAUGACUCGCGGGAACAUCGACCGGUCGCACCCAAAACCGAGCCGAAGAAACUUGUGCGGUACUUAGAUAACAAGAUCGUCUCGGUAAAAGGUGAACGGUAUACGGAGGUGAAACGCGGUGGUGAAGACGAGGAUGGCGAGGAGGUCGGUCGCAAACCCCGAGGUCACUGUCGCCUGUAACCAGUCACCCCGCCUCCACCCCCUGAUCCACCUCCUGGAGGCGAUUCUUUCAGCCAAG